AUGAUAGCAUCUGAUCAAGAAUGUUAUAUCUGUCAAGAAGGUAUCCAGGAUGACACUAUUCAUUUUUGUGUUUGUUGUAGCCGAGUAGUAUGUUCCAGAUGUACACAAAUCAUUUUUUACAACCGAUACCGGGCUGUGCUUUGUAAUAAAUGUCCUACACCAAAGUUGACUCAUCCAUGCGGCCGAUGCGGAUUUUUAAUACCUUUAUUUGAAUUAGCUUUUUUUUGUUCUAUGUGUGCUAUGCCGCUUUGCACGGGAUGCCUUUCGUUUUCCUUCGAAAACGGCAGUUUAAAAUGUUCUCAGUGUUGCGAUACACCUGUUUGCUGGAAGUUACCUAACAGCAAAACAUCGUACCAGUUAAACGAACACUUUUUGAAGCGCUUACAAAAGGCUCAAAAAACUAUGAUGAUCCCAUUUCAGGAGACAAAUACUCAUCCCGCUUCUAGUAUUUUACUGAAAUCUGCCUUUGAGGGAAACACGAGUUCCGAGUACACUCAUCUGUACAAUAAGCAAAAACUAGGCGAAGGUGCACAAGGUGUUGUGUAUAAAUGUUGUACCGUAUAUAAUAAAACAGUCGUGUCAAAAGAGAUGGUUUUUGAUGAAGCCGAUCGGUUAGUGAUGGAAUCGAGGGUAAGUCAAGCACUGCGAAUCAAGACGUUGCGUCAUCCUCACCUUAUUUCUUACCUCGAUGUAAUACUGCGGGAGGAUCCACUUUCUAUUUGUGUGAUUAUGCCGUACUACGACAAAGGGGAUCUUAGGGAAUACAUCACGCGGCAGCGUGCCCCAGUAAAGGAGUGUGUUCUAUGUUCCAUUGCACUGCAAAUUGGCUUGGCUUUAAAAUAUCUACACACACAGAACCCACCACUUGUUCACCGUGAUAUUAAACCAGAAAAUGUGCUCCUACUAGACAAUGAGGAGCAGGUAUUGUUGAUGGAUUUGGAUUUGUGUGGUGCCGCUGAUUUAGUGUGUAGUAUGUCAAAUCGAAAAGUUCCUUCAUCCACAUAUGAAUACCAGGCUCCUGAGUUGGUGGAUAUGGUGGGUUCUACAAAGUCUGAUGUAUUUAGCCUGGGUGUUAUGAUGUUUGUACUCGCUACACUUCCUGAGUUUCCGUGUGUUCGAUCAGAAAAUGGUGAUUACAUGGUAUUAUCAGCUCCGGAAUGGACACCUCAAGCGCUGGGGAUGGUCAUUCGGCGGGAACUAAGACAAGUAAAAAACCACGAGUAUUCUGAAUUGUUUAUUCAGCUACUGGUGGACAUGUUAAAUCAUGACCCAGCCCACCGACCGACUUCUACACAAGUGUGCAACACUUUGGCUGAAAUAAUGGAGCAAAGGCUUAUGCAGGGAGAACUUUUAUGUCCCUUAUCUUAG